GAGGAUCACAAGUCCCUCACUAGACACGUGUAUUUUUAUUUUAUUUGUAAUUGGUGGCAGUCUACAUGGCAGUGAAUUAUGACAAAGGUUCUUCAGGCGAGCUGCUUAGAGGUGUAAAGGCCCAGCUCAUCUCCAUCCUUAGUAGCCAGGCAGACUUUGUACUUCAGCAUGCAGAUUCUCGAUCACUGGUCACUCCUCAAGGCUAUCGGCAAAUCAAAAGCUGCCGUAUCCCAGAUGAAAAGAUGCGGGACCUUUUGGAUCAUAUCAUAGAGAGAGGGCCAAAGGCGGCACAGGGCCUACUGGAGUUACUGAAGGAUCAAGAACUGCAAGAAACAUUCCCCAAGUUGAAUUUUAUCAAGUCUAUGCCAGUUGACAUUUUGUGCUUAGGAGAAAGAAAAACAAGGAAAAGAACCAGGAAGCAGAAAAAGACAUCUGAAAUGCAUGAGGUUGUUCCACCCAAAAAGACCUUCACCACAGUGUUGGUGACAGAGAAGCAGCUGAUGUCUGUAGCCCGGGCUAUAGGACAGGCCUGGAGAGAGGUGGCCAUCAUGGCUCUUGAGAUCCCAUCUGUGAGACUGGAGCAGAUUGUAGCGGACAACCCAAACUGUCAGGUGAACCAAGUGUUUGUCGCUUUGCGCUAUUGGAAGAACAUCCAGGGGAACAAAGCCACUGCCACCUACCUCCACUCACUGCUGUGUCAAAAGGAUCUUGCCCUGUCACAAGACGUCUUCAACUUUCUGUUGGAGAACAAGUAAUGUUAGGGCACAUUAUUUUAUAAUAGGACUUUCAACAAUGUUUUUGUUUUUAUAUGUAUAUAACUUUUAUUAAAUGUUGUCUUUA